AUGCAGGAAGUAACAGUGAUUUCCAACACAGUCUGGGAUGCACUUUCGCCAACUGUGACCGAAACCAGUGCUGGGUCUGGGACGAUUGAUGACCUGCCACCAUUUGCUUUAUUGACCACCGACGAAGAUCGCGAGAAGAAGGCAGAGCGAUACAGUCCGGGAACCUACAAUGUUGUUCUUAACCAAGACAGCUUUCAAAACCUACCAGAGUACAGCGAUGACCCCGAGAUCAAGAAAGAGCUGGUUUCACCUCUACGUCGACCUUCACUGGCCGUAUCUAUUGCUAGUGCUGGUGGCCGGGACAUUGCCGUGGAAGGUAUACCCGUACCUGACGAUCCCAACAUUGUGGUUUUACCCAGGUUUGAGGAUAUUGCUCGCCGCAGCACGUUUAGUUCUUCUCGAGAUUUCCAUUCGCCGAUCAUCUCGCCGGUCGCCAGGAGCACCAUAAUAAAAAGUGAAAGCUCAGGGUCUAAUGUUCUUGUGGAGGAGCCUGCCUCAAUGACCGAAAGUGAGAGAAUCAACAUCGGGCAGGACGAAAGAUAUUUCCGACAAUUUCGCUACGUGGUCUGGCGGCAACUUGUUCCUGCCGAACUUGAUCAAAGAGAUGGCAUGCAUCGAUCAAGUGUAGGGAUCUUGGAAAGUGCUGCCGACACGUUUCCUCCACUAUACCACGCCAUGAUGGCUGUUGCUGCUCUCAGUCUGGCAGGCCACAGCGGAAAUGAGAGGCUUGAUGCCCUCCAGCACUACCAGCAAGCUCUUCCUGCAUUACAGAGCACACUUAAAAGCUCCAACGAUUUGUCCUCAGAUGGAGCAUUUCUUACUCAUUUUCUGUUACUUGUUUACGAGAUUGCCGCAGCAGAGACCGGUCACUCCAAUCUAUGGUCACAACACCUUUCCACCCUUCUUCGAAUAUCCCUCUUACGACGCGAAGUAUUUGGCACAGAAAGAUUUCCAUUUAUCGUCUGGUGGAUCUGUUUGAUCGAUUUGGACGCUUUGUUCAGUGGCGCAGGACGUGGUGAAUUCGUUGGGUCUAUGCUACACAGUGACAACAUCCCUCCUCCCAGCUUUCACCAAUACCCUCUCGGUCUAGAUGGAUCUAGCAUCGUGUAUGGUGACGAAGUGGACUCAUUGCCGAUAGUGUUAUCACUCGACUAUGAAGUGACGAUUUUGGCGAUUCGACUAGCACUGCUGGCGCACGAGUAUCGCAGAGACACCACAUUCAAUGCUACUAACGUUCAGCAGAGGGCACAAGUAACACGGUCCCGUCAAUCUCGAAUCUUCGAGCUUCAAGACGCGUUACGGCAGUUGUGGGUCACACCAGCAGUAGCAAUGAUCACCCAGAAUGCCGAUGGCAUGCCGGAUCGGCCGAAACAGAUCUUGGAGCACGCUGCCACCCUGUACCGAGCAUGCAUUAUCUUGUCCCACACGUCGAUGUGGCCAGGACAGCGACUGGAGACCUCACCGGACUACAAUACCGAAAUUGCGGUUGCCUCGAGUCAGAUCCUGCAGAUGAUGAGAAAAGCACUUGCCGAGGAUCGUGCCCACUGUCGAUAUCUUGUUUUUCCUGCUUUUAUCGCAGGUUUUGCCAGUACCGAUGGGGCACAAAGGAUGCAAGCAUUGGACAUGAUUCGCACCAUGGAGAAGAACAGCAUUGGCCGAAACACUACGGUUACGCGCAAGGCACUGGCUGCAGUGUACGAGAAGCAGAACGAGCGAUUUAUGAACACUGGGCAAAGUCUCGACGUGGACUGGAUGCAAGUCAUGGUGGAAAGAGAGCUUUUGGUUGUCAAUUUUGGCGUUUGA